AGGCCGGGUUCCCACUAUGCCGGACCGGCAGAUCUCCCGGUCCGGUAAAAUUGCCGGAAGGCCUAGUGGCGGUACAAAUUGUAUGAAGCUAUUCACAUGAUCCCGAGUCUGGCUUUUUCGCCGAGCCCGGCAUUUUUACCGAGCGUUUUGUCACUACAAAAUGCCGGCAAAAUCACCGGACCGGAAUAAUGUGAACCAGUUCGACCCGCGUUCCCCGCCCCGCCCCGCCCGUUCUCCCCGCACUUCAUUCGGCUCGCAUUUUCUGAGUAAAGUAGACGUGUAGCAUGAGCGACAUACAAAUAGAAACUUUAAUUACGCUUGUCCAAGAGAGACCUGUUCUGUGGGACAAGACCGAAGAUGUCUAUAAAGACAAAAACUUAAAGUUAGCAGCAUGGCGUGAAGUAUGUUUAAUACUGAAACCAAACUUCGAUGAACUGGAAGAAAAAGAAAGAAAACAGUACGGAAAACUGGUUUCAACUAAAUGGAAUAAUAUACGAGAUUCAUGGCUUAAGACGGUGAAAAAACAAAAAGAUGAGUCUAAAUCUGGAUCUUCGGCCAAAAAGACACGAAAUUAUUUAUAUCACGAGCAAUUAAUGUUUUUGAAAAAGGUCUCCGAACCUCGACCGCCUCAUGAGUCGGGUUCAAAAAAAGCAAGAACCGAGACUGAAGUAGGCAUGGAAUCAGAUUUUCGUUCAUCUUUAAUUAAAGAUAAAAGAACAAUUGAUAAUAAAGAAGUAAAUGAGAAGAUGUCAAAGUUUUUGGAUUCCAGAAUGAACCCAGAAAAAGAAAACCAUCAUCUUUCUUUUUUCAAAGGCAUUAUACCAGUCUUGAACACUUUAACUAUCGAAGAGACUUUAGAAUUUCAAGCCAGCGUCCUGACAAUGUUGCAAAAAAUUAAAAGUAGGAAUUAUGAGAGAGAGAAUUACGGACAUUGGCGUCAUUAUAAUCAGAUGACCGGACCAGAUCAGUAUACUCGCUCUGGAUACUACACACAUCCUAAUCAACAGGCGACACCUACGCAAGAUCAACACUCUGGAUACUCUACAACACCUAUACCAUCAACUUCUUCCCAAAUUCCAGUGAAUCCAGUUUCGCCAACAGCAUCUACUCAUUCCAUAUACUCCCAAGAGUCAGAAUAUUUAGAUUUUGAAGGGUUUUAAAUUUGAGUACAAAUAAAUACUUAAGUGACUAA